AUGCCUUACAAUGCUGACCAACCACAUCUCUACCAGCAAUAUCCUAACCAACCAUACACUAGCCGACAAUACGAUGGACCGCAUUGUCCACCAGUCAAUCCCUCUAUACAAUAUCCUCCAUUAGAGGUCGCGGUGCCACAACAUACGAACCACCAAUACCCAGUAAAACCUGGGUAUUACAUGAACCAACAAACAUAUUCUCAGCCAGGACACUAUCCUCAAGCGUCAAUCCAGGGGCCAUAUCCACCUGGACAAGGCCAUCAUGAACCUGCAGCGGCCCAUCAUCAGGUGCUCGCUCCUCGACAGCCGACAAUCCAGCUCGAGGUGCCUUCGAGGCCUGUCAAGGAAUCCACUGCCUCACCUGUAGAUUAUCAAAUCUUGCUUCUAUCACUUGCCGAGGAGUACCUUGAUGCCGCUCAUGGCAAUUCCAUGCUCACCGCGUUGUGCCAGGGUGACGUACAGCUUGACAACUAUUACAAGCUCGUGUCUACUGCUCUUGGGUGUAUGGAGACUGUCCUCAAGAGGUUCAGAUUACCGCCGCUUAAAGAAGCACAACUUCGCCUUCGUUUUGCCAGGACUUUGUAUGAUGAGACCGAAAACGAUCUCGAGGCAGAAACAGCUCUCAGCAAAGGCAUCGAUCUAUGUGAGCGUAACAAGCUUCUGGACCUCAAAUAUACGAUGCAGGUCCUGAUGUCAAGGGUGUUGCACAGGUCAAAUGCGAAAGCCGCGACCAAAGCUAUUGAUGGAAUCAUCGAGGAUGUUGGGGCUUACCAACACACUGCAUGGGAGUAUGCAUUUCGAUUCUUGCGAGCUAGCUUGUCUUUGUCGAUGCCUUCGCACCAGGAUUUUGUUGCAGCUAUCCACCAGUUGCAGGGGAUCGCGGACUUGGCCCAUCGGAAAAGGGAUCAAGCUAUUUUCGCUUUCGCUGGCAUCACCGAGGCUCUGGCCCACCUGCAAAGCUCAGGUCCUGAUUCGGGUAAUCAAGCUCAGCGAGCCCUUGCCAAAGCACGGCAAGUUCAGUUGGACCAAGAUGUUAGGAGCGUUCCUCAAAUUCUGGUCCUGUUCCAAUUCGUGGAUCUCUGUUGUAGCUUACGGCAGUCCAAUCUCGAGCAAAUAGGCCAAAACCUGGCCACAAUGCAGCAAAUCAUGGACCAAAUCGUGGAUGAUGUCAGCUGGUUGGACGACGGCACAAUCUUGCUGCCCCUGACCUCAAAAUCCGCCCAAUGUCUUGCUUUAAAUGGAGGUGGCAUUGUGCAAGAACGCGAUGGCAAGCAUGUCCUGGCUCUGGCAUGGUUGCCGAAAAGGGAUGUUUAUACGGUGGGAUACCUCCUGAGUGCUGUUGCCACCAGUUACAAGAACGCCCAAGGUGACCACAAGUCGGAGCAGUUCAUCGAUGAAGGUCUAGCGCUGAUUCGAAGCAAUCCUGCCACCUCGAAACCUCCAGCUGAGUCUCUAUCAUCUUCUGCGGAUCGAGCGAAUUGGCGGAAGGUUUUAGAAUGCCAGUUUCUGAUAGAGAAGGCCUUUCUCCUCUGUGCACGAAGUGCAUGGGAGAAAGCACGAGCUCUCAUCAACGAACUCAAUAUCUUCAGCAAUGCUCUUUCAGCUCCCCUCCCACCUGAGUUUUACUGUCUAAUCCGGUAUCUCGACGGAGCAGUACAUCAGGGCACCGGCAACCUCACGAAAGCCCUCACCAUCUUCCACAGCCCGGACCUCUCCCUUCCACCCAAUAGCUCUAAAAGCACACGCAAUAACAUCGGCCGUGACAUUGCUCUAUUGGCAGCCAUGAACACGAUCCUCAUAAUCCGCUCCCCCGACCACCCAGCACACCACCUCCUACCCUCCCUCAUCUCGCGAAUCGACCCCUACCUCUCCGCCACGCCGAACAAGCAUCUCCUCUCAGCCCGCUCGCUCCUAAUCUCCAACCUCCCCACCGCCACCCACGAUCUCCUCACCAACGAAACUCUCUCCUCCACCCUUCUGAUCAAGAAACACCUCAGCACCGCCCUGAACAUCGCCAAGACGAUCGGGAACGCGCAGAUCACCGCCAUGACCUUAUCUGUCAUGUCGGCCAAGUUCUUCAAGGGAGUGGUGGGCGACCAGGCGGAGAAGAGUGCGCGCGCGGGGCAGAACAUGGCAUACAAGAGCGGCAUGAAGCUGUGGAUGAGCGUGAGCAGUGGCAUGUUGGCAGACACGUUGGAGAGGCAGGGCAAAAAAGCGGAGGCGGAGAAAGUCAAGGUGCAGGCGCUGAGGUUGGCGGGGAUGAUGCCGAGGAGUGUGCAGAAGUUCGAGGAGGGGGCGGGUGAAGAAGCCGGCGAGCAUUCUGUCGUGGGUGAGAGGAGGAGAAGAGAGGCACUGGAGCAGGGAGAAGAUAAAGAGAGGGAUGAACUUGCUUGA